AUUUUACAGGACUGUUAAAAAUGAAAAUACUUAGGAACAUAUCAAACGUCAAUGUAAGCUUGAGAAACUGGUCAAUAUAAGAAGGAACUAAUGCUUAAUUGUCUCCUUCAAUCUGCACUGCUUCGUCUGUAUUUUACACUUAUGUAUUCGUGACGUUCCUCAUUCAUAUUUCUACAUUGUGGAAGAGCGGAGGCUAAGAAGAAAUGACUACUCAUUAUGGAGGUAGUUGAAUUAUUUAGCAAUAUCAAUAAGAAUUUGGGAUCAUACGCUUUUUCAAGAUGGAUCGGAUCAUUUAUCGAAGGAUAUCAAACUUCAAAGACCCUAUACAUCAUUAUUUCAUCUAUUAUGUUGAUUCUAUUGGUGAUAAUGAUUGUCAUUAUACGAAAAUGGAAAAACAAGGAGUUCCUACCGGUCAAAGAAUUUGUAGUAGGCAAUGGCAAACCAAGAUUCAGAAAAAGAGACAAAGUUUUGUUCUAUGGAAGAAAAAUGUUACGCAAAGUCAAAUCUAUAGGCGGACAAGUACAUCCUACUGGUCAAGGAAAGAAAAGAAGAGCCGUUAUGAGAUUUGCUCGAAGACUCCUACAAUUGAAAAAAGAAUCCGUGCCUCAACAAUUAAAAGUAUUAGAGCCACCAGCAGAAUAUCUAGAAGAAGAUUACGGUCCAGGAGAUAGAGUACCUCCAGAUGCUUUGUACAUGUUACAAAGCAUCAGAGUAUUUGGCCAUUUUGAGAAACCUGUUUUUCUUAAAUUAUGUAAACAUACGGAAAUUAUGAAUUUACCAGCUGGAAGUAUUUUAUUUAAAAUCGGAGAUCCUGACGAGAAUCUAUUCAUCGUACAACAGGGUCUUGUUAACGUAUAUAUAACAGGACCCGAUGGUUCUCAAAUUUCUUUAAAAUUAGUAAAAACUGGAGAAUCGGUAACCAGUCUUUUAAGUUUUACUGACGUACUUACUGGUCACACGAGUACUUAUAAAACUGUUUCUGCAAGAGCCGUAGAAGAUUCUAUCGUCGUCAAAUUGCCAAUGAGCGCAUUUCAAGAGGUUUUUCAGGAUCAUCCAGAUGCAUUCGUUCGAGUUAUCCAGGUCAUUAUGGUUCGCCUUCAACGCGUAACAUUUACCGCAUUACAUCAAUAUUUGGGUCUUUCUGCUGAAUUGGUUAAUCAAGGAUCUCACAAAAAAAAGCAAAGUUCAUUUUCUGGCUCACCUGUUAGAUCAAGAACAAGAGAGAAUUUUGCUACAUCCACUACAGAACCUAUACCUAGUACUACAAUUCCAGUUAACAUUGAUCAGUGCGAUGGAAAUAAUGGUAGUAUACACAGAGAAAGUGCUAAUUCUAAUGCUUCUCAGCCAGUACCUAUAAUAGUCAAUAGAAGAUCUAAAAAUUCUCACGAGUGGAAAAAUCAAACUCCCAAUUCGCAGUCGGGUCAAAGUACUUCAGUUACUGUACCAGAAUGUGAUUCUCAUUGGACGAAUUCACCGAUGACAGGGGGUUAUCAAUCGUUGCAAAGUUCUCAUUCGCAAGGUACUCAGCCUGACAUUAUACAUACAGGAAGCGUUCAUCCACCCAAAAAGAGAUCAAUCAAUGAUACGACGCAACAGUUGGAUGAUGCACAGCUUGUUGAAAUUGCAACCGAAGCUUUUGUUAAAGAACUUGGAUUGGAAGAUAGUACUAUUCUUAAAGAUGGAAAAAUUCAACUCAAAGAAGUACCAGCAGGCACAUAUUUGAUGAAAGAAGAAUCUAAUAAAGACGUUGCACUUGUAUAUGUAUUAUCUGGUUCUCUCUUAGUCAGUCAACGUGUUGCAGAAGGACGUGACGCGGGUCAAGAAGUUCAUAUGUUUAAAGCGUAUCAAGGAGAAAUAGUUGGAGGUUUAGCGGUAUUAACCGGAGAACCUUCUUUUUAUACAAUUAGAGCAAAACAUCUUAGUCGAAUUGCCUUACUUAGUAAAUCAACUUUUUUCGCAAUCAUGCGUGAACAGCCUACUGUAGUAUUACAUGUAGCUCAUACAGUCGUUAGGCGAUUAAGUCCUUUUGUAAGACAGGUGGAUUUUGCUUUGGAUUGGCUAUUUCUAGAAAGCGGAAGAGCCGUAUAUCGUCAAGGAGAUGAAUCAGAUUCAACUUUUAUAGUUUUAAGUGGACGACUAAGAUCUGUGAUUACUUAUAAAAAUGGGAAAAAAGAACUUGUCGCUGAAUAUGGAAAAGGAGAUUUGGUGGGAAUCGUUGAAAUGGUCACGCAAACUCCUAGAUCUACUACUGUUAUGGCAGUUAGAGAUUCUGAAUUGGCCAAGUUACCUGAAGGUUUAUUUAAUGUUAUUAAAUUACGAUAUCCUAUCGUUGUUACAAGGCUUAUUAAUUUACUCGGUCACCGAAUAUUGGGUACAUGGCAACAACCGCAUACUAAAAAUAGUAGUAAUGAUACGCAAAGAGCAGCUGCAACAGUCGAUGCGAGACCGGCACAAGUCAAUUUUUCGACAGUAGCUAUAGUUCCUGUAUCAGACGAUGUCCCUUUAAGUGCAUUUACAUACGAAUUAUAUCAUUCAUUAUGCGCUAUUGGACCUUGUCUACGACUUACUUCAGAUGUCGUUAAAAAGACCUUAGGUACAACAAUUAUGGAACCUAUGAAUGAAUAUAGAUUAACUUCAUGGCUAGCUCAACAAGAAGAUCAACAUCGAAUUUCUUUAUAUCAAUGUGAUUCGACUUAUACAUUAUGGACUCAAAGAUGUGUACGACAAGCAGAUUGUAUAUUAAUAGUAGGUUUAGGUGAUCGUACACCGUCUAUAGGACGUACAGAACGUGAGGUAGAACGUUUAGUAAUGCGUACACAAAAGGAGUUAGUACUUUUACAUAAAGAGCAAAGUGGCCAACGACCAACAAAUACCGUACAAUGGUUAAACAUGAGAUCUUGGGUCUCCAGUCAUCAUCAUAUUCAAUGCCCUAAACGAAUGUUUACUAGGAAAUCUCAAUAUAGACUUAGUGAAUUAUACUCAAAAGUACUAAAGUCCGAGCCAAACGUACAUAGCGAUUUUAGUAGAUUGGCACGUUGGUUAACAGGCACGUCGGUUGGUUUAGUACUUGGUGGAGGUGGUGCUAGAGGUGCGGCACAUGUGGGAAUGCUCAAAGCUAUUAUAGAAGCUGGAAUUCCUAUAGAUAUGGUUGGCGGAGUCAGUAUCGGUGCCUUUAUGGGUGCAUUGUGGUGUAUGGAAAAAAAUAUAACAACGACAACGCAAAAGGCUCGCGAAUGGUCUAAGAAAAUGACUCAAUGGUGGAGACAAAUUUUUGAUCUAACUUAUCCUAUGACAUCGAUGUUCUCUGGAAAAGAUUUUAAUAAAACUAUUCAAACAACUUUUGGAGAUACUUAUAUAGAAGAUCUAUGGCUUCCAUUUUUCACCAUAACUACCGAUAUUACUGAUUCUUGUAUGCGAACGCACACCCACGGAUCGCUGUGGCGUUACAUUCGGGCUUCGAUGUCUUUAUCUGGUUAUAUGCCACCCAUGUGUGAUCCUGUUGAUGGCCAUCUCCUACUCGACGGCGGGUACGUCAAUAACCUUCCAGCUGACGAAAUGCUGAGGCAAGGAGCUCACCAUAUCUUGGCCAUUGACGUUGGAUCACAAGAUGAUACAGAUUUAACUAACUAUGGUGAUUCUUUGUCCGGAUGGUGGUUAUUGUGGAAACGUUGGAAUCCAUUCGCAACACCGGUCAAAGUUCCUAAUUUACCAGACAUCCAAUCACGAUUAGCAUACGUUAGUUGUGUCAGACAAUUAGAAGAAGUCAAGAGUUCUGAUUAUUGCGAAUAUAUCAGACCUCCGAUAGACAAAUUCAAGACACUUCAGUUUGCCAGUUUUGAUGAUAUUAAAGAAGUUGGAUAUCAACAUGGAAAAACGUAUUUCGAAGGACAAUCUAAAGUAGGAGUUCUUCCAAGAUUUAAUGCGUAUAGAGAAAAUGCUAAAGCUUUAAAGGAAAGAAAUCCAGCGGAAAAUCAACUAUCAAUUUCUUCAUAUACAUUUACUGAUUUAGCACAAAUGGUAUGCAAAGUAUCAAGAGGUAAUCGAUACGUAGAUUUGGAUAUUGAUAGCGAUUCAGAUGAAAUGGAGGAAUACGAAGCAGAUUUAGAGGAAGAUGCACAAGAAGUAGGCUAUGCUUCUGAACCCACUGCCGGUAUUCUGGAUCAGAGUCCUGAAGAAAAUCGUCAUAGAAGAAGAACAGGUGUUUCCCUUAGUUUAUCAGAUACAGAAGCUGAAUCUGAAUUAGAAUAUCAUCCAAAGAUGUUUUAAAAUAAGUUAUUAGAUAAAUUCUCUUACAUUUCAUUUCUAAUGCUCGUGUACUAAGAAAAA